CUGGGGUAUUUAAAGUAUAGUGCAGAGUUGGUUCACUACCUUCUUGUCUGGCCUUAAGAUGUCACACAUAUGGAGUCUGCUCUGCUUCCUUAUUGGCACAUCAUAUGCGGCCGAGGUCUGUUUUAAUGAGCUGGGCUGCUUUAACGACCUGCCUCCCUGGGGGGGCACUGCUCAGAGACCAGUCUCCGUCCUGCCCUGGCAGCCCGACCAGAUCGGCACCCGCUUCCUCCUCUUCACCCAGAAGAACCGCUACUACCAGGAGAUCAAGACUGACCAAACCAUCCAUGCAUCAAACUACGGCGGGAAGAGAAAGACUCGAUUCAUCGUUCCUGGUUAUUUGAAAAAAGACGAUGAGGACUGGCCACAGGAGAUGUGUAAGGUUAUGGUGAAGUUGGAGAAUGUGAACUGCAUUGCUGUGGAGUGGAAGAAAGGUGUGAAGACUCAGUAUGUCCAGGCGGCCAAUAACGCCAGGGUGCUGGGGGCCCAGGUGGCAUUCAUGAUCACAUUCCUCAAGGCCAACUUCAAGCAAAAGAGCGAUAAGUUCCAUAUUAUCGGACACAGCCUUGGAGCUCACGCUGCAGGAGACGCUGGCAGCAGGACGGCUGGCCUCGCUCGCAUCACAGGACUAGACCCAACUGAACCUUACUUCCAGGACACUGAUGCCUCCGUACGCCUGGACACAAGCGACGCCGCCUUUGUGGAUGUCAUUCACACUGAUGGACUUCCUUUCAAGUCCAAACUAGGUCUGGGCAUGUCUCAAUCCAUGGGCCACAUUGACUUCUACCCCAACGGUGGAGAGCUGAUGCCCGGCUGCUCCGCCAAUAAAGGCUAUCCCUCUGACCUGGACGCCAUCUGGGAGGGUACCAAGAAGUUUGAUGCCUGCAACCACGCCCGAGCCUACGAGUACUACAGCGAGAGCAUUAUUAAGCGACAAGGCUUUGUAGCAUACCCCUGUUCUAACGAGGACAGUUUUGCUGCUGGAAAGUGCUUCCCCUGUGGAGACGACACAUGUCCUCUGAUGGGCUACUAUGCUGACAGGUUCACUGUGACUGAUGGCAUUUCAGAGACAAAGUACUUCCUCAACACGGGCAGUUCAGAGCCCUUUGGCCGUUACAGCUACAAAGUGAAGUUAACCCUAGAUGGUCCCAGCUGGCCUAACCCAGGAUUCAUGUAUGUGGCACUCGCUGGAGACAAUGACAGCACCAAGGAGUACAAGCUUCAUAGUGGUACAAUGAAGCCUGGACGGACCUACGAGGUGCUGAUCGACGCCGAGGUGGACAUCGGUGAUGCUACAGAGGUGAAGUUUCGGUGGAACAACCACAUCCUCAACCCCUUGAGACCCAAGUACGGUGCAUCCAAGGUGGAGCUGCAGAGGGGAAAAGACAACAAGAUUGUCUUCUUCUGCGGAAUAGAGAAAGUGGUGGAGAAUGCGAUCCAGCACGUGCUUCCAUGCUAAGCGUAACCAGCCACAAUCACAU